GGACUUUUUCUUUUAAAAAAAGAAGUUUUGAAGAGGCUAAAUAAGCCUGACUUCCUCUUGUUCAAGAACAGUGUUACCAUGGGUGAGAAGACACAACCACGUCUGCUGCUUUUGCUGUUUUUGUCAGGGCUUGUUCACUGUUCAGCUACCUUUGUAUUUUGGACCGCCAACGUGGAAAUAAGCUUUGUGAACAGCUACAAUGAGACUGAGGAGAAAUACUGUGAGUGUGGGUUGUAUGGCCGUAACUCUCCCGUGACAAGCGCUUCGGGCAUCGUUACACUUCCCGUGGGAGACCCCAAAGGCUGUGGCCCAGAUCCUGUGUACGGCCGCAACACAACCUCACCACCGUGGAUAGCCCUGGUGAAGAGGGGCAACUGCACCUUUGGUGAGAAGAUCAAUGCUGCCAAACGCCUCGGAGCAGCUGCUGUUGUUGUGUAUAAUGUGGACGGCAGUGGAAACAGCACUACACACAUGGCACACUCAGAUGCAGGCGGUAUCGUGACGAUCAUGAUUGGUAACACUCAGGGCAUGGAGAUUGUCAGGCUGGUGAAAAACGGGAUUGAUGUUCAAAUGAUAAUUAGUGAAGGCAUGGCUCACGGGCCCUGGAUGGACACCUACUGGCUUUACUUUCUGUCCAUUGCCUUUUUCAUUGUGACCGCAGCCUCCAUCGCCUACUUUGUGUUCAUCUCCGCAAACCGUCUCUACAACAUGAGCAGGAGCAAGCGCAAUGAGAAUAGACUGAAAUCCGAGGCCAAGAAGGCAAUUAAGCGUUUGCAGGUACGCACGCUCAACAGAGGGGACGAGGAAACCAGUUCGGACUCCUCGAUGUGUGCCGUUUGUAUCGAAUCCUACAAGGUAGGCGAUGUGGUGACCGUGCUGACGUGUGAUCACAUCUUCCACAAAACCUGCAUCGAGCCCUGGCUGCUGGAGAGGCGAACCUGCCCUAUGUGUAAGUGCGACAUCUUGAAGGCCCUGGGCGUUGAGGACGACAGAAAAGAGAGCUUCUCUGCUGAGUCACCGCCAGAUGUCACUGUGAUCACAGUGACAGGAGACACCCUGUAUGAAGUCCCACUCACUGACCCAGGGAGCCUCGACCCGGAGAGACAGCAUCGCUAUGACAACAGGGCCUUCGAGGAAGACUCAGAGGCUGCAAGGGGAUGAGCAACAACAGUGGAAACAAAACAAAGCACAAAUCAGGACUCAGUCAAAUUCCCUGUUUGAAAGACAUAUUUUUCUGGCACACAGUGAUCCAGUGGAAUCAAAGUUUAAUCUAUCAACAGAGGAGACAAUGUUCAUCUUGCAAUGUGGACAUGAAAAAAUGAUUUUAAAAAGAACCCAAGGAUUUAAAAUGUCAACGGAUGUGUGUCAUUAACUUAAAUGUCAGUGCUUCUUCUUUGUUUUCUGUUCUGGUGUAAGUCUGUAAACAGUGGGUGUGUUCAUGAAUCCGCAGCUCAUUAGAAUAGAAUUGAGCAGUCAUGGAGCGACACCAUUGUCAGGUUGCUGUUUUGCAUAAGCAACAAAGCAGUCGAUGUUGGUUAGGAAGGAAAGUAAAUAUCAGAAAGUGGGGCCAUAUUUCUUCCAAUAAAAGGCUCAAUAUUGGACUGCUCGCAGUAAUAUACAACAAACGUUUCCUUUUCCUUUAAACUGCAAUACAAAUAUUUCUCAUAAUCCACUUUGUCCUAAUGACUGUACGUUCUUUUUCUGAGUGUUUUUUUUUUCCAUUUGCAUCUGGGUUGUCAUUCUGGAUUUGCAAACACACCCUCAUGAACACACCUUUGUCUGGAAACACUGCAUGGCAUGCAUUUCUCUGGCAUGAGUAAAUAAAACACCUGAGGGCCAGAGGCUCAUAGCAUGACAAUGUGCUGAAAUAAGAAUUUUCAUGUUCGGUCAGAUCACAACCCGAAGUGAAAUGUAAUGCAGUCAUGUUGCAAUAGACAUAUCUAUCUAUCUAUCUAUCUAUCUAUCUAUCUAUCUAUCUAUCUAUCUAUCUAUCUAUCUAUCUAUCUAUCUAUCUAUCUAUCUAUCUAUCUAUGUAUAAAACAGCCAUUGGCAUUGUAGAUAAUUUUCUUCCAAAGAUGUUUUCUUGGCUGCUGGAUGGGGGAAUUACUGUGUAAUUAUCGUGGAAUUAUUGUGUGUGUUAUCUUUUUAAGUAAUACACUGAGAUUGGCUUAUCACUCAAUCAACUUUACCUGUUAAUAUAAAGGUAACACACUAUGGAAAGUACCGCUGAUUUUCAUUUGCAGACAUAAAUUGUUAUUGAUGAACAUGUCUUCCAGGUUUCGCCUGUGCUCUACCUCUGAUCUAUCACAUGGUUAAAUAUAGGAAUGUGUUUGAGAUUCUUCCACGAUCCAAAGUGUGUCCCUCCAUAAAGGAUAAAGCUAAAGAAUUAUUUCACUUCUUUGUUUUCUGGCGGGAUGUGCCGAUCAUGGUACUAAAAAGAUUUUAUAUCGAAUCAUUUUCACGGCUGUUUUACAGAUUCCAGGAGUCUUAAAUUGCACUGUAAAAAAUGAAUAUUAGCUUCUGUAUUAAAUCACAUUGAUGCUUUUUAGAAUGAAAUAAAUCCCUCAAAAUGAGGCCAACUUAAUGAGGACA